GAGCGGGAUGCUGCGGCGUCGGGCCCGGGAGGAGGACAGCGCUGUUCUGAUCGACGUGGUCCCCGGGGCAGAGAAAGGGGAGUCCUACGGGAGCACAGCCUUGCACGCGGCAGGUCUUAGUGGACCCCCAGCGGACGCCUGCAGGGUAGGGAGCCCAGCCAAGCCCAGGAUCGCUGACUUCGUCCUUGUUUGGGAGGAAGACCUGAGGCUGAGUCGGCAGCAGGACAGCUCCACCAGAGACAAAACAGACAUUCACAGGGCAUGGCGCCAGAACUUUCUGGAUAGCCUCCAGGCAGCUGGGCUGCAUGUGGACCAGCAUGAUGUCCAGGACCAGGACAUGGCGGUGCACUACAUUCUCCUCAGUGCGCCCUGGGCUGUGCUUUGCUACUAUGCGGAAGACCUGCGCCUGAAGCUGCCCCUGCAGGAGUUGCCCAAUCAGGCCUCCAACUGGUCAGCAGGCCUGCUGGCAGCCCUGGGCAUCCCCAACAUCCUGCAGGAGGAGGUGCCCAACGUGCCCCCAGAGUACUACUCCUGCCAGUUCAAAGUGAGCAAGCUGCCCAGGUUCCUCGGAAGUGACAACCAGGACACUUUCUUCACCAGCACCAAGAGACACCAGAUUCUGUUUGAAAUCCUGGCCAAAACACCGUAUGGCCACGAGAAGAAGGGCCUGUUUGGGAUUGACCAGCUGCUGGCAGAGGGGGUCUUCCGGGCGGCCUUCCCCCUCCAUGAUGGCCCCUUCAUGCCGCCCCCUGAGGGGCCACAGCCCCAGGCCCUCAACCAGCGCCAGGUCCUCUGCCGGCACUGGGCCCGCUGGGGCAAGUGGAACAAGUACCAGCCUCUAGACCACGUGUGCAGGUACUUCGGGGAGAAGGUGGCACUCUACUUCGCCUGGCUAGGGUUCUACACAGGUUGGCUCCUGCCAGCAGCUGUGGUGGGCACACUGGUGAUCCUGGUGGGCUGUUUCAUGGUAUUCUCAGACACACCCACGCAGGAGCUGUGCGGCAGCACCGACAGCUUCCUGAUGUGCCCUCUGUGCUCAGACUGCCCCUUCUGGCUGCUCUCCAGUGCCUGUGCCCUGGUCCAGGCUGGCCGGCUCUUCGACCACGGGGGCACCGUCUUCUUCAGCCUCUUCAUGGCACUCUGGGCGGUGCUGCUGCUGGAGUACUGGAAACGCAAGAGUGCCACGCUGGCCUACCGCUGGGGCUGCUCGGACUACGAGGACAUGGAGGAGAGGCCCCGGCCCCAGUUUGCCGCUGCAGCCCCCACAACGUCCGUGAACCCCAUCACUGGCGAGGAGGAGCCCUACUUCCCCGCGGGGAGCCGCGCAAGCCGCAUGCUGGCUGGCUCUGUGGUAGUCCUGAUGAUGGUGGCAGUGGUGGUCAUGUGCCUCGUGUCUAUCAUCCUGUACCGAGCCAUCAUGGCCAUCCUGGUGUCCAGGUCGGACAACACCCUCCUAGCAGCCUGGGCAUCGCGCAUCGCCAGCCUGACGGGCUCCGUGGUGAACCUCGUCUUCAUCCUUAUUCUUUCCAAGCUCUACGUGGGCCUGGCCCACGUCCUGACGCGCUGGGAGAUGCACCGGACGCAGACCAAGUUUGAGGAUGCCUUCACCCUCAAAGUGUUCAUCUUCCAAUUUGUCAACUUCUACUCCUCGCCCAUCUACAUUGCCUUCUUCAAGGGCAGGUUUGUGGGUUACCCAGGCAACUAUCACACCUUGUUUGGGGUCCGCAACGAGGAGUGUGCAACUGGGGGCUGCCUCAUCGAGCUGGCACAGGAGCUCCUGGUCAUCAUGGUGGGCAAGCAGAUCAUCAAUAAUGUGCAGGAGAUCCUUGUCCCGAAGCUUCAAGGCUGGUGGCAGAGGUUCCGGCUCCAUUCCAAGAGGAAGGCGGGGGCAUCGGCAGAGGCUGACCAGGCCCCCUGGGAGGCCGACUAUGUGCUUCUGCCCUUCGAGGGCUUGUUCGAUGAGUACCUCGAAAUGGUGCUGCAGUUCGGCUUUGUCACCAUCUUCGUGGCCGCCUGCCCACUGGCGCCGCUCUUCGCGCUGCUCAACAACUGGGUGGAGAUUCGCCUGGACGCGCGCAAGUUCGUCUGCGAGCGCCGGCGCCCGGUGGCCGAGCGCGCCCAGGACAUCGGCAUCUGGUUCCACAUCCUGGCGGCCAUCACCCAGCUGGCGGUCAUCAGCAACGCUUUCCUGCUGGCCUUCGCGUCCGACUUCCUGCCGCGCGUCUACUACCAGUGGACCUGCGCCCGCGACCUGCGCGGCUUCGUCAACUUCACCCUGGCGCGCGCCCCGCCCGCCUUCGCCGCCGCGCACAACCGCACCUGCCGGUACCGGGCCUUCAGGGAUGAUGACGGACACUACUCCCGGACCUACUGGAACCUUCUGGCCAUCCGCCUGGCCUUCGUCAUUGUGUUUGAGCACGUGGUGUUUUCCAUCGGCCGACUCCUCGACUUCCUGGUGCCCGACAUACCCGAGUCCGUGGAGAUCAAGGUGAAGCGCGAGUACUACCUGGCCAAGCAGGCGCUGGCUGAGAAUGAGGCUCUCUUUGGGAUACACGGUGCCAAGGACGAUAGGCCCCUAGGCUCGGAGGCACAGCCCCGAAACCAGCGGCCUCCUUCCUCAUACUCCCCUGCCACCUGGACCUCAUGCGGCUCCAUGCACCCCAACCCCUCCCAUGGCCCCCUCCCUGGGACUAGCUCUGGCUGCCUGUGCCCAGCGGUGGCUCUGCUGCACCAGUUGGCAAAGCAAGUGCAGAGCCUGGAUGGGAAACUGCUUGGCGCCUGGAGGCCCCUGCGCUACCCCCACCUCUGCGACAGCCAGCGAGGCCAGCAGCUUUGGGGCUUCACCUCCCACACCCGGCCCUGGACUGACCUCUGCCCCCAACAUUGGGAUGGCUCCCAGCUGAGCGCUUUCACCUGUGUACAGGGCCCCUUCCAGGCAGGCCACCAAGUGGCUCCACCAAGCAGCUCCACAAUAGGGCUGGUGGUGGAGGCCGUGCAGACAACCCUGAGCUGA